AUGUUCAAAUAAAGGAGAUAUUUUUGUCAAUCCAUAACUUUUUAUUAAAGAGAAUAGUAUCUAAACAAAGUAAUGAAGGAUUGUGAAGAUUGCUUUAAAUAAUUGGAUUAACAUGGUAAAUCAAUUAAGAGAGACACUAAAGAUAUGUUCAUUAAAUUUACUUAAGGAAAGGUAGAAUAGAUUAAUCUUAUUAUUUAGUUGUAAGAACAAAAGAAACUCUUGGAAACUGAUUCUGUUGGAGUGUUUUCAAUGGUUUUGGAUAUUAUAGAGAACCUUAUUCAUGAUAAGCCUUUGAUGUCUUAUAUUCUGACAACAAUUGAGGCAAUUAUAUCAGGUAGAGAUUUCAUAAAUAAAACAAAUAGAUAAUCAAAGAUUAUUUAAAUAAUUUAUGAGAGCAUUGACUCCUUAAGUAUUACCAAAAUUAAAGUAAUUCUUAUUUCUUGAUGGAUAUGAUCCAAUGGCAUAUGAGGCAGCUGCAAAAAUUGCUACUAUGAUAAUAGCUGAAGAGGGAGGAAAUGAUGCAAAGGAAUGGGUGAUAUUGUUUUUAGGAGGAAUAGGUAAUUAAAAUAUAUUAUGAUAAUACUUUAAUAGGCAAUAAAUUAAAAAUUGCAGAUUUUAUGAUUAUGCCAAUUUGUGUUCAUUUCUUAAAACAUGAAGAACUUGCAAUCUAAUUUAUUAAAAGUGGUGGAAUUAGAAUGUAUUUAUAGUUGUUCAUUUAGAAUUACUAAUUUAUUAUCUAAGUAUUCUACUGAUUUAUAGAUUGCAUAUUAUACAAUUUUAGCAUUAUGGUUGCUUAGUUUUACAACUGAAUCUAUUUCAUUAUUUAAUGAUCCAACAAUUGGUUUGAUCAGAUUGAUAAUAGAAUCAGUAUAAAAGAUAUCAAGAGAGAAGAUCUUAAGAGUUUCAUUUGCAUGUUUUAGGAAUUUAGUUGAUGUAUCUCCUUAAUGUAUUGAAUUAAUGGUUGAUAAUGGAUUAAUAAAAGUAGUUGAUUUACUUUUGAAAGGAAAUCUAAAAGAUUAAGAUUUAAUAGAUGAUAUCAAAUAUGUUGGAGAAAUAUUAGAAAAGAAUAUGAAAAUAUUAACGUAAAUUCAUUUAAUUAAUAUAGUUCUUUUGAAAAAUAUGUUAAAGAAUUAAAUGCUUAAAAUCUAACAUGGAGUCCAGUACAUACUGAAAAGUUUUGGAAAGAGAAUGUUAAGAAAUUUGAAGAAAAUGAUUUCUUAUUGAUUAGGUAUUAUUAUAGUGAUUGAAUUUAGAAAAUUAGCAGAAAUAUUGAAAUCAAAUAAUAAUCAAAAUGUUGCAGUUGCUUGUUAUGAUUUGGGAGAAUUUUGUAGAUUCCAUCCUUUUGGAAAAGUGUAAAUAAAAUAUAUAAGUAUAGAGUAUUAGAAUAAUUGAAUGCAAAAUAAGAAAUUAUGACAUAAGCUAGAAAUAAUGAUUAAUAGAUUAGAGAACAUGCUUUAUUAUCAUUAUAAAAGAUAAUGUUACAUAAUUGGUAAGUUUGA